AACUUGUGGCAUCGUCGGAAUAUAUUUUGAGAUCUAAAUGCAUUCCGCAACUGUGUUAUUUUGUAUCCUUCUCUUCUUGAAAAGCUACGGGUCGCGGGCAGAUUUUCCUCAGAACUCGAGUUCUGUAGGAGAAUUCCAAAAUGCUGUAGAUCAGUGCUAUGGCUUUUGUAAUCAAAUUAAACCAAUACUGGAUCAGAGUGACCACUUUACACAAUUGUGGAACAAAGCCGAAUCAAGGAUAGACACUCUGGAGGAUCAACUAAAGAAUUUUCAGGCAGUCAAAUUUCAACAAAAACCGAAACUUGAAAAAUUCAUAAAAAUCAGUUCCAAAUACUUGUACUUCGAAAAGGUAAAUAAGCUAAAUUGGUUUGCUGCUUUUGGAGCCUGUCGAGAAAUUGGAGGUCAACUGGUGAUCAUUCAAAAUAAAAAGGAAUUAAACGAAAUCAACGGCCUGAUCGCACAGAAUACCACCUACUGGCUGGGCAUCAAUGACUUGGCUUUCGAAGGAGUCUACAGGACAUGGCUAUCUGAAGAACAUGCUCCAUUUGUAAGGUGGACGCAGGGAGAACCUGACAACGGCACCGAAACCCAGGAUUGCGUGGCUCUUUACGAAUAUAACAUGUGGGACCUUGAAUGUGAAAAAAGUCGUUUCUUUAUAUGUGAAGCUGCCAUUGAAGAUUGAUUUUCCAAAACUAUGAAGUAAAUCAGUAUGUUGUUUAUAAAUUUUAAAUAAAAAGAAAAUGUCUUUGUGUUCAAAAA